AUGAACCCUCUCCAAGCCGAUCAGAGGAUGUCUGAUGCCGAGGAGAUCCUCGGGUAUGACUUCAAAGACCCUCGCUGGCUCUGGGAAGCGCUACAGGCUGCAGGGUCUCCGGUGACGAGGGUGGGCACGCGGAGUUUGCGCAAGGGCAACAAGCAGCUCGCGGGACUCGGCGACAGGAUUAUCUCGGUCGUAAUUGUCAUGACGUCCGUCGAUGAUAACAUUAGCAUUGGCAACACCAACGCCCGAAUCCAAAUGUGCGCGAACAACGAGCGUCUAGCUAGGCUUUGUGACGCUGUCGGUUUGACCCGGUGCAUCGUCAGAAAUCCGUCCCAGCAGGGGAUGGUGUCGCAACGCACUAAAGCUGACACCCUGGAGGCAGUAGUCGGCGCAGUCUUCAAGGACGGCGGGCUCGACGUUGCCGAGGAGGUGAUUGAGCACCUGGGCAUCAUUGAUCUUCUGGUAACGUUGCAAACUCCCUCAAUAUCCCAUACCAAAUCUGUGAGCAAGAUGACCCUUGACAGUGUGCUCUAUCUAGUCUGCCCCCGGAAUCCCUCGGUUGGGUGCAUCCGACGCCCCGGGAGGAGGUCCACAUACGGAGCCGGGGGGGACAGCCCUUGCUACUCCACCGACUUGGUUGGCGGCGCCUUGCUGAGUAUUCGACCUGGCUAG